GGUAGAUGCAUUUGAUUGAUAGAUGGAUGAUGCGUCUACUUGAUCGUUGGUGGCAUUAUCGAUUGGUUUGGUUGUAGAACGCACCUUCUUGUUUUGUUCCAAUAUAAUCGGUUCUUUUUGAGAUUAUUGAAAUAGGGAACAUCCUGUCCAUCCAGAUAUCAACAUGUGUAUCUCAACAAACAACGACAAAUGAUACCGUGGUUGAGAACUUAGCCUGGAUGUACUGCGUCUUCACAGCCUUGCUCUACAUCUGCUUAUAUUAACAGAGCAACAGAUUUCUUUCUUGAUAACAACACAUGAUAACGCAAUUGGGAAUUCAGCCUGAAUGCCGUAUAUCUUCACAGCCUCACUGUACAUCUGCUUAUAUUGACAGGGUGACAGCCCUCCCCUUCCCGAAUGAGCUCAUUCGAUAACAGUGUAUGAUGCUUCCUGCGAGUGGUCGGAUUCUUCAAUGUUGUACCAAUAAGGAACCUGGUUUUGUGUCUGCAUACCCCACUACGAUGGUAAGGUGUAUGGUAAGGCGCAUGUGUCGCAAGACUCAGCCAUGAUGAAUGAGUAUAAUACUCGUAUGGUAAUUUGAGAAUCUAAAACAGUUUCUCUUUUCAAUCCUAUUCAAUUAUAAUACGCAGUGUUUCUGAUAAUGCCUGCAAUGGAAAUAUGGAGCUGCUGUUGGUGCAGGGACUACUCUGGCAUGUAUAACAGUAGUGGAAUGACGACACAGAUUCUCAGCUGUCCCGCAUGUACUCAUGAUCGAUGCAACGACUGCCAUGUUGAGUGGGUCAAACUGAGAUCAAGCACUCCAAGCUCAAAUCUCAGGUCUAGCAGGGCCGCAGGAACGAGAACACAAGGUGUAAACAGAGGAGUGGAAGAUAAUGGAAGCCAUGCCCGGCAGUCAGAUUCCGUCCCAGAUUCCACGAUCAAUUCAACAAGCAAUGCGGCAUUGUUGCAAGACGCUCGGAUAUCUGAUUUCAGCCCGUACUUGAUUUCUCCAGACUCCGGUGAGCCUAAGCCUCAAGAGGGAGAAGUCGAACCCUUCGAUACAGGUCAAGAUAAGUUGAAUAUGGUUGGUACCACCGAGGCAAACGCUACAAGUUCGGAAACAAAAGAAAAUGAAAUGGAAGGGAGCUGUAACGUUGGUCUUAAACGAGAUUUUUUGCAGCCACAAGUGUCCUCUGAACAUGCACUUGGCCUCUUCAUCAAAGACCCUGAUUCAUACUCUCGAGAAAUUACCGUUCUUGAACAUAGCAUCCUCCAACUAGGACAAAAUACCUUUGAGAAAAUCAAAGAAUAUGACGAGACUAGGCGAUACGUAUUACCAUUGCGAGAGUUGGAUAUUGGAUCGGACUCCCCCACGCCCGUUACUCCAACUUCUGAUCAACAACUUAGAAUUGACGAAUACGUCCAACUUCAGGUUUCCAGAAGCAUGGAGACGUUAUCUUCAAUAAUGAUAGGAACGCAAUUGCUACAAAAUGAAGGAUUUUGCAACAGCUCCACGUACAAUAUAAUCGUGGCAGAUCAAGAUCGUCCAAAAGUUCUCAAUGUUCGACCGAUUAGUAUGCCCAGCUUAUCACUACUGUUCGAACUUCUCCAUGAAGUACAAAGAUCUAAGUCGCAACGAGACUUGGUUUUAGAGGAUGUAGCAGAGAUUUUAUUGCACAUUGUUGUGAGUCUUGGCUUGGGGAUCCCUCAGACAACCUUAUCUAUGGAAGAGCACAAUCUAGAACGACAGCAAGAUAUCUGCCAUUUAUUGAGCUCCAUUCUGAGUGUUCUGCAUGUCGCACUACUAUCAUUUAUCAGGUCACAUCUUGAUAUUUCCGGAUACACGCCGAACGGGUCAUUAAGUGAUGGAUUGCACAUCGAGUGUCCUGGAGGUACAAUAUUCUUGGCGGCCCGGCAACUAAAGUGCCUAAAUAGCCUCCUAAAGAAACCAGUUUGGGCCUUCAGCUUCAUACCCACACAUUCAAAGUUAUUAAAAGUUGAAUGCGAUGGGUUUUAUCUUUCUUCAUCUAUAGAUCACCUUGCGGAGUUAUGGGGUCCCCUGAGAUUUAAUCGUACCGAAGCAUCAACUACCUUGUCGAUUGAGACUCAUGGCGGUAGACUCCUAAGCGCCAAACACCGCACAUCUCAAGUUCAACCACUGGAAUCAAAGGUGCUCUGCCAUUGGUCUAGUUGGAUGGAGACGAACUCACUCGAAAACACAACUCCCAUUGAUACAACCAAACUCCUCUUGAUUGGCGUAAGAACUAUACCACAAGCUCCUAGAAAGCAUCCGAGCUCGCCUAGAUUCCACACAAUGGAUGUGUGUAAUUGUUCUGAUAAAUACAUCUCUCAGCCUCGCCACCGCGAAUUCGAGCUUGCUACCCGCCCUCCCAGUUGGAAAAUGAUAGAAAGAACCGCGCAGGCCUCUGGUGGCCAAUACUUUAAUAUUACCUUGGGAUUCACGUACAAGUUUGAUGCAGGCUGGACUCUGAAAGACGUGAUACUCGAAGACUGGGUCGACGCUGGCAAAACGGAUAUAUCACACGUGCCUAAUCCGUAUUUAAUGGAUUCUCUUGUAGUCUUGGAUUUUAGUUGCUGUUCUGGUCAUGCUCGAAGGAUUAGCUUGUGGAAACUGCUCAAAGAUCCUGCUAUUGGAAGGUACCUCAAUCAGAAAUGCAACAAUGCAGUUGAUGAGUUUGGGAACAUUACGACCUUGCUUGAUGGGCUAGGUUCCGCUGAUUCGUUAACCUCAAUUUGGACAACGAUACCGGUGACACAGAGGAAGCUUCUGAUAUCAAGCUUCAAGGCGAUAUUGAAGAUACUGAAAUUCACGGGGAUUGGAGACGACAAAAAGUUACAAGUAUGGGAUAUUACUUCUCAUGAUCGUAUUGAUGGCAGGAGACUUGAUCCUCGGUGGGCAUCUUUUGUCAAGGAUGAUAGCAACUCUGCUACGUUCGCCGUUAUAACAAGCACUUGCACGAGAUAUAGUCAAAGCAAUGAUCACGCCCUGACAGGCACCGUUCUUCAAACCCAACUGUGCAUCACGGCAGCACAGAGGAUAAAUAAGAAUCUCGCGGCUUCCAAAGAAGAUGUAAAAAAAGAAGAGACUCAGUCGAGCUCGUCGACUACGUUCUCAUCCAGAUGGAGCGUCAACGGGUCUCAACCGGUGGAUGUUAUAUCUCGUCAGUCGGCAGACAGAUAUCAAACAAUGAAUACUGACUCCCGGCUAUCACCUCCUGCGGUCCAAUCUGAUGUCGAAAAUACAUUGCUAGAGCGUAUAAAAAAUAACCAGAGAAGAAGACAGAUAGCAUCCGAUGCGGCAUCACAAUCAUCUCUUGCUGGAAACAGCACAGCCACAUUAGCUUCCCAAUAUCCACGCAACAAUCCAUCUCCGUCCCGAAAGCGUCGAAAAAUCGAACCCUGCAAUAUGCCACCGUCAGUAAUAAAGCAUCCUCCAAUCCUCCUUAUCCGCAAUGGUUUAGGCCAAAAAGUGGGGAAAUUAUCCUUAGAACCAGCACUCCCUAUUGAUCUCACCUUGCUUACCGACAGAACCACUCUGCAAGCCAGAUGGGAAGAAGCUUCCCGAAUGAAUCUAAUCGAGAACAUCAAGGAAAAAGAAGCACAACUGGACAAAAGUAUUAGUAGCUGGGCACGGAAAUCGAAUGGAUUUAUCCCGAGCCUGAUAGGGCGCAUUGCUCCUUUGGAGGAAGAUUUGAGUCCUCCUAAUUUUGUUGAAUAUGUGCGGCCAGGAACUUUGACGGCAUAUCAGAAGCUGAUUAAUGUUUAUAUUCAUUAGGUUUCGAUAGAAAAUAUUCUCUGAGAGAUUCAGACGAUGGAUAAAAUUGAAGUAUACAUUUGUCGUUACAGUAACAAUGCGUGGUAUUUCUUACUCGGCCAUCUUUAAAUAUGUAUAAGAUUAUAUGAUUUAGUUUAUAAACCUGACUGUCACUCUUGAAUAUGCAUCAUUGUCUCAAGAACUACA